AUGACACAGGCAACUGGGGGAAUGGCAAAUGUAAUACAUUCCCUCCCGUACCAAGCUGCGUGGCUAAAUGGCAUAGCCAUAGCCUUCUUCUUACUGAAUGUUCUUCUUUUCGUCAUGAACUGUGUUUUGGCAACACUGCGCUUUCACUGGCGCCCAGGGACCUUGGUUCAUACCUUCACCGACCAGACAGAAUCACUGUUCAUACCGGCAUCCGUUGUUUCGUUUGCCAUCAUAUGCAUCAACAUUUGCCAGUUUGGUGUUCCGUAUGUUGGGCCAUGGCUCCUGAGGAUUAUGCAAAUCCUAUUCUGGUCGUAUACAGCGAUGAGUAUGCUGGCUAGCGCCAUCAUAUACAUGGUUCUAUGGUCUACAUUAGCCUUCCCCAUCCACACUAUGACGCCAACCUGGGUCUUCCCAGCCUAUCCUCUACUUCUCACUGCGCCCUUCGCCUCAAACCUCAUCAUGGCCGCAUCCCAGACGAAUCAGAAACAGGUCGUCUUGAACAGAACGGCGAUUGCGCUCUCUGCUCUGGCCACACAAGGUGCAGGAUGCUUGAUCGCCUUCAUGAUCUCAGCCGCCUUUAUCUAUCGAUUAAUGACACAGAAGCUGCCACGCGACUUUCAGCGGCCUGGUGUGUUCAUCUCCAUCGGGCCAUUUGCAUUCACGGUUGCCGGCAUAGUUCUGCUGGGAAGCCAAGCCGACCAGAUCUUGCCUCAAGGAUUCUUAGGCACCGACCUAGCCGUGCCAAUUAUCAAGGUGCUCUCUGUUAUGAUCGGAGUGUGGCUCUGGGGUCUCUCGGUGUGGUUCUUUGUCGUCUCCGUCGGGUCGUUAUGGAAGUUUGUGCGGCCAGCAAAGAAGAUGCCUUUCCAGAUGACGUGGUGGUCGUUUGUGUUUCCCAACACUGCGCUCAUAACUGCCACUGCAGCCCUUGGAAAAGUGUUCCAGAACUCUGGACUUCAGAUUUUUGCGUGUGUCAUGGCUGCAGGAUUGAUUGUGGUAUGGGUUGUGGUGUUUGUGACCAUGUAA